UAAUUGGGGUACAUGAUAAUAUCAAUAAUUGAGAGGAAAUUUUAACGGUUUGCCUUCUUUCUCCAUUACCGUUCCUUGGUUUAUCUGAACUGAUUUGAGUUUGAGUAAUCAAAACUUGAAUGAAGAUGGCUUCUUCCACUGACCAAACCACCGAAGCUUCGUCUUGAGCAAAUGGAGGCACGCCGCCGACUCGCCGUAAUCUCCUCACAUAUAUGUCAACCCGGGUCGGGUUGUAAUCAGACCCGACUCGAACCUGUUUCUGCUUCAGGUUCCAGUUCCGGUUCUGAUGGUGAUCAAGGGAAGUCUACCAAUGGAGCAUGCGUCUUUUGUAGGAUUAUACGCGGCGAAUCACCGGCUUUUAAGAUUUAUGAAGAUGAUGCGUGCUUGUGUAUAUUGGAUUCGAAUCCGCUGAGUCGUGGGCAUUCUCUUAUCAUCCCAAAGUUUCAUUUUUCUUCAUUGGACACCACUCCUCCAUCAGUGAUUGCUGCGAUGUGUUCCAAAGUUCCUUUAAUAAGCUCCGCAAUAGUUAAAGCUACUGGUUCUGAUUCAUUCAACUUGUUAGUUAAUAACGGUGCUGCUGCGGGCCAAGUUAUAUUUCACACACAUAUUCAUAUAAUUCCUCGCAAGGCACAUGAUUGCCUAUGGGCUUCCGAGAGUUUGCGGAGGCAAUCCCUGAAAUUAGACCAAGAAGCUUCUAGACUAGCAGAUCUUGUUCGAGAGCAGCUGUCAUCGUCAUCCUCAUCGUUGUCCGGCAACUGUGAAGUUAGUGAAGGAGAGGGUUCUAACCUCAGCAGAAACUAGUGUGUCUUUCAUCUCAUGUUUUUUGUAAUCUUAAUUAGUGUAAAACUUUUGUACCAUGUCAAUAUUCAGCAUAUUCUUUCACUUGCACAAAAAACUAUUUUGUAUUAUAUUCUUCUAUGGGAGUUACCAAGAAAGAGUAGUUCCACUUUUUCUUUA